AUGGGUUGGACGCGCUCACGGGAGGCACUGUCGCCAGACGAGGCAACGGUCGCGGAAACAACAGCAGCGCAGGCAUACGAGGCCGAGGAAGGGGUAACAAUGCAGGCGGGAAAAGGAAUGUACAAGAGUAAGCUCUCACGCCUUGUUGUAAGAUCACAUCAAGCGGCGGGGUGGGCCAAAGUUGCGCGCGACGCUGGUGCGGAAGACGAUGGAGGAGCAACUGGUAAUGCGAUACCGCACCUGAAGGACAAGGAGGAGCUCAAACAUGCGCAAGCGUUCAAGAAGCGAGAGCAGAUCGCCAAAGGCCAACUGGAUCCUGACGGACAGAUGGACAUGAAGUCGAGCGUUGACAAGCACGGUCUUUGCGAAGAUAUGUGUCCGGAACUGGAAAGAGUGCGACGAAUCGUCCAAAACGAUGUGGCCGGCCCCGAAUAUACGGAGGACACAGCCCAUGGCCCUCGCAAUCAACGGAUCAUCGACGAAGCGCGCAUGAUCGCGGCACAUCACCGGUCAUCUGCUGGAGAAGAUCUUACCCUCAUGAGCGAUCUUCGCACUCCAGCGGCCCUACAUAAAUCCAUGACAACCAUGAUCGAACGAUUAAAAGGAGACUCGUUUGAAUUCCUCAACGGGUGGAUAUGGGAUCGGUCGCGGGCUGUGCGAGUGGAAAUAAACAAGAACUACCGCAGACGAGAAGACACCGAACCAUUUCUUGGAUGUUAUGAGAUGUGCAUACGCUUCCAUUUGCUCAGCAUGCAUCAGAUGGCGAAGAGCAAGUCAGGUGACUACGACCGACAUACUGAUUGGGAACAGCUCUCGGCCUCUUGCUAUCAAAUUACACAGCUCUGGGACAAGAUAAAGGUGUAUGUGCCCGAAGAUGGAGUGACACCGUCUCCGCUCGAAGCAUCGCGCGUUGCCGAGAUCCACGCGUACAACAUCAUUCUCGGUCUGAAAGAGCGCGAACAUCGCGAAGAGGUCCGUCGGCAUCCUCGUGUUCGGACCGCGCAGUUUCUUGUCCGAGCUGCCCACGACACAAAGAACUUCGCCACUUUCUGGAGACUUGUCAGGUCGAGCCAGGUUUCGUACCUUAUGGCCUGUGCGGCUGCUACCCGUUUCAUGUCUGUUCGAUCAGAUACUCUAGAAGCAAUGGUCAAAGCCUACAUGGUGCACAAACAAAAGGUUGACGACUGGACCUUGGAAAAGCUUGCCGAACUAUUGGGCUUCGAUGGUGAGGAGCAAGUUCGCACAUUCUGCCAAGCCUACGGCGGCGAAUUCGAGAUCAAUCCCCAAGGCGUUACAUAUCUGCGACCGGAAACCAUCACGAUGCGAAAGGAUCCGUUUGGAAAGAAACACUUUUUCUCGCAGAAGUAUGUUGAGUUCAAACGGGGCGGUCGUAAUCUGGCCGCAGUUCUGCUCGGCUACAACAUGUUGGAGGCACAAUCUAAAGGUUUGCUAGAGCCGAUCUCCGAAAACGAUGAGGAUUCAUUGUUCGUCCCAGACUCAUUUGCCCCUCCGAACCCCUCAAACCCAUUUGCACUAGCUGCUGCUGCGCAUUCGUCUACACAGCCUUCUAAGCUCUUUUCGUCUAGCAUUCAGCCUGGCCUGUUCGAUGCAAAGAAGAACAGCGUCAAAUUCGCUACGCCGCCCAACGAUGCGCCUUCAUCGGCAUCUGCGCCAGCGAAUCCUUUCGCUGCCGCCGCAACCAAACUCAACGGGAGUGGCCAAGUAACAGCACCAACAUCCGGAUCUCCAACAUCUUCGAGCGGGUUUCCAGUGCCUGCAACCACUGCAUCUUCAGGUUUAUCUGCAAAAGCGAAUGCCUUCUUACCAUCUGCAAACGCGAAUCCUUUUGGAUUUCCGGCAGGUCAGAGAGGUCUUGGUGCACGUACAACCGCACAUGGUGCAGAGACUUCUGUGCCUGCCACAUCCAUAUUCUCGACCUCAUCAGCGCCUUCAAAUGCCUUUGCUAGAUUCAAGCUGCCGGAUUUUGCGAACACUUCCAAUGAACCCGCAACAUCCUCGGCUCCGACUAAUGGGUUCACUGGGUUGGCAACAUCCGGUGCUCCAUCGGCUGCGCCAAUCCGGUCCGGCACACCCACCGCAGGACUGGCCUUUUCGGGGCCUGCCGGGACAUCCAUUUCGCCGCCUAGUGAAGACGAAAAACGUAAAGCAUUCGAGGAGGAACAACGCAAGGCCCGAGAAAAAGAGCAACGCAGAGUACAGGAAGAACAACGACGGGCUGCGGAGGAACGACGGCAGCGGGCUGAGGAGGAGCAACAGCGGAAAAUCCAGGAGGAGCAGGCGAAAGCACGCGCAGCCGAAGAGCAAAGACGACUUCAAGAAGAGAAAGAGAGGGAACAGCUUCGGGCUCAGCAAGAAGAGGCACGGCAAGCAGAGGAACAACGGAGGCAAGCACUCACAACGCUUACUUUCAACUUGUUGGAGGAUCCGAGGGAGGGCUUAAUGAAGCAAUACCUUGCGAACAUGGUGGAAGCCUUGGUUAAAGAUACGAAAGCAGCGCUUCGGAAGGAACGGCAGGCGCAGGAUGACGCGAUGGCCGAUGAGAUGUGGCAACGGAAACGUCUAAACCUUGCUCGAGCCGCUUUCUACCGAUGGGCGCAGCAUGUGCACAAGAAGAGACGGCUGGCUGAGGCACGUCAUCUUCGAGAACGUCGGCGGAAAUUGAAGGCUGAGAUUGAAGCUGCAAAAAGCUCGGCAGCGAGCUCAGCAGCUAGUCCACCAGCUUCAGACCUACGAGCCGUUGAAAGCAUGGCCCCUGUUGACCGGCCUGUUGCUGCCCGCGCCAACGGCCUCAGCAGCGGUGCUCCUAGACGUACACAAAGCCAGCGAACCAGCCAGCAAACCUCACAACCAGCUCGGCGGAAUGGCGAAGCUUUUACCCAGUCGACUCGCGCUUUUUCACAGUCCUACCACGAAGCUCGGGCACAUCUCAACGAAAGGCGAGGAACCGUCGAUCGGACAGAGACAGACUACUUCAGAUUGCGAGCCUCUGGGAUCGACCCGAACAAGCUUCGGAAACGCAACCUCGACUCGUCCGACGAAGAAGACGUUCCCAAAGCAGACAACAAGCGCGCCCGCACUUCCACCUCGUCCACAGCCCAGCAACCAACGACAAUUGUCCGCAAAAUCCCUCCCCCUCCCUCCACUGACGAAGAGCGCAUCGCCCGCUUCCGCGCAAUCAAAGAAUCCAUGUCUAAGAACGGCCACAGCUCGGGCCACACACCCUCUCGCUCCGUCGACUUCAACAGCGUGCGCAUGUCUACCUUCAAUGCAUCAACCACGAGCCGCUUCAACGCCUCCACUACUAACCAAAUUAUCCAACGUGCCCGCGAGACACUCGCCCAGCCACCACCCUUUGCCUCGCGCCAGUCAACACCAGACGUUGGCUUCGCACACAGCACCGGCACACCAUUUUCAAGCGACAAACCAGCUUACUGGGCGCGUCAGAGCCGCUUUGUGCCGCAGCAUCUGUACGGGCAGCCGGAGGCUAUAAGGGCGUAUCGUGCGCAGUUCUCGGGGCGAUCGCCGGCAAGUAGUCAGGCGUCGCCUGAUGUCGUCCAAUUCAAGGAUGUCCCCAAUCCCCCGAAUUUUUUGUCGUCGCCGAUCCCGACGCAGCAGUCGUACUAUCCCACACAGCAACAGCAGUCGUUCGAAAAUGAGGCCGAGGGCGCAAUUGAUAUCCAAGAUGAUGCUGAUGGGGAGGAUGAGGGCGGGGCCGAGUAUGACGAACAUGAAGAGUUUGACGAGGAAGGGGAAGAGCAGAUUGAGGAAGAGGAGGAGUAUUACUCCGAAGACGAAGGAGAGGAGUACUCUGGAGAAGAAGAGGAGGAAGAGGGUACGGAGUGUGCGCAGCAGCCUGGAGGUACGGAAAACGAUGCUAUUGAGCUGUCUGACUAG